CACCACACUGAGCACGUUUUUAUAUUUUUUAUAUUUCAAUAACAAAUGCUUGCCCUAAUUUUUCAAAAUUCAGACUCGUCCCUCAGUCUGACUCGCACCUUUCACUCUCGUCUCGUCUCGUCUCGUCUCGUCUGUCGCCCUUCCCCCCGCCGCCGGCUUCUCUUUGCCUCUCCAAUCACCGGCAUUCGGAAUUUCGGCGCUCGCUCGUUCCACCGGCCUCUAAGACCACUUCUGAAACCCUCGCUUGAGUUCAAGGGUUUUCAAUAAGCGAGCGCUCUUUUUAUCUCAUCGGUCACCAUAUUUGUGAAAUCUCAAGCUCAAGAAAACCAAGAUGCAUGCCCCAGUACUUGUGCUGAAAGAUUCACUGAAGCGUGAGUCUGGAAGCAAGGUGCACCAUGCCAAUAUCCAGGCAUCCAAGGCUGUUGCUGAUAUUAUACGUACUACUUUGGGUCCACGAUCAAUGUUGAAGAUGCUGCUUGAUGCUGCUGGAGGGAUUGUAGUGACAAAUGACGGAAAUGCUAUUCUCCGUGAAUUGGACUCAAUGAUUGAACUGAGUCGGACGCAAGAUGAGGAGGUUGGAGAUGGGACAACUUCUGUGAUUGUCCUUGCUGGUGAAAUGCUCCACGUUGCGGAAGCUUUCAUUGACAAAAACUAUCAUCCCACAGUAAUUUGUCGAGCUUAUAAUAAAGCUCUGGAGGAUGCUGUUUCAGUACUUGACAAAAUUGCAGUCACUGUUGAUGUAAAGGACCCUCCUGUCAGAAGCCACAAGACUUUUAGGCUUUCUAAUAUGAUAGAACCAUCGCAACCAAGCGCAACAAUGUUAGGACUAGUAAAGAGUUGCAUUGGUACUAAGUUCACCAGUCAAUUUGGGGAUUUAAUCGCUGACUUGGCAAUUGAUGCAACUACUACAGCAGGUGUGGAACUUGGUCAAGGGUUGCGUGAGGUGGACAUCAAGAAGUACAUCAAAGUAGAGAAGAUUCCUGGUGGCCAGUUGGAGGAUUCAAAAGUCCUAAGGGGUGUCAUGAUUAACAAGGAUGUUGUCGCUCCUGGUAAGAUGAGGAGAAAAAUUCUAAACCCUAGAAUCAUGCUCCUCGAUUGUCCUCUCGAGUACAAGAAAGGUGAGAACCAAACCAAUGCCGAAUUGCUGCGGGAAGAAGAUUGGAGCGUUUUGCUGAAAAUGGAAGAGGAAUACAUUGAGAACCUAUGCAUGCAGAUACUAAAAUUCAAACCAGAUUUGGUAAUAACUGAGAAGGGUCUUAGUGAUCUAGCUUGCCAUUAUCUUAGCAAGGCUGGUGUGAGUGCAAUCAGAAGGCUAAGAAAGACUGACAACAACAGAAUUGCAAAGGCCUGUGGAGCGGUUAUUGUUAACAGGCCUGAUGAGUUGCAGGAAUCUGAUAUUGGUACUGGUGCUGGACUGUUUGAGGUGAGAAAAAUUGGUGACGAGUUCUUUGCAUUCAUUGUUGACUGCAAGGACCCAAAAGCAUGCUCAGUCCUUUUGAGGGGUGCCAGCAAGGACCUGCUGAAUGAAGUUGAGAGAAAUCUGCAGGAUGCAAUGUCUGUGGCACGAAACAUUAUUAAAAACCCCAAACUUGUUCCUGGUGGAGGUGCUACGGAGCUGACUGUAUCAGCUAUGUUAAAGCAAAAGAGUUCUUCUAUUGAAGGCGUAGAAAAGUGGCCUUAUGAAGCUGCUGCGAUUGCAUUUGAGGCUAUACCAAGAACUUUGGCUCAGAACUGUGGGGUCGAUGUAAUUCGGAAAAUGACUGCCUUACAGGGAAAGCAUGCAAAUGGUGAGAACGCAUGGAUUGGCAUAGAUGGGAAUACUGGUGAAAUUACGGAUAUGAAAGAACGCCAGAUCUGGGAUUCAUACACAGUGAAGGCGCAGGCUUUUAAGACCGCCAUUGAAGCUGCUUGCAUGCUUUUGAGAAUUGAUGAUAUAGUAAGUGGAAUCAAGAAGAAGCAGGCUCCUGGACAGGCUCCAUCAAAGCCUAAAAUCGAGCAAGAAGGUGAUGCAGACAAUGAGAAUAUGAUUCCUGAGUAAGACUAAAGUGCAAGUGGCUCUAUUUCAUGUCUGAUGUAUGAAUGGAUUGUUGUCUUCUCUUCACGAUGAAGACUGGUUCUCGAAGCCCUUUCCUUUAGCAACGUGUUCUUUUUUUUUUUCAGCUGGAUUUUGAUUGGAUGCAGAAUGCAUUGCCACUUUAUUUUAUUUUAUUGCUUUGGUCUAGUUGUAGAAUGACUUUUGUAGUCUUUUCUCAGAAACUUUUGUUACUGCCUUGUCAUGAGCUUCUGCUGAGAUUUUAGAUUGUGAUUUUGGUGAUGUCGUUUUUAGUCGUUAAAAUGGAUUUUGUUAUCAGACAGUAAAAACAAAAAUUGAGUUUUGUCCCCAACUGUUCCUACUACAUAUUAUUCCAUGUAAAAUAAUUAUUUUCUUAUUAUUUUAAAUUAAUUUUAAUGUCAAAU